AUGGAGACAGCGGCAGAAGUGGCGGCGGUUAUUCCCACUCCGACGGCUGUGGCGGCGGCGGCGACGAGGAAGAGAGACAAACCGUAUAAAGGGAUAAGGAUGAGGAAGUGGGGGAAGUGGGUGGCGGAGAUUAGAGAGCCUAAUAAGCGGUCAAGGAUCUGGCUUGGCUCUUACUCUACUCCUGAGGCGGCGGCGCGUGCUUACGACACGGCGGUAUUCUAUCUCCGUGGUCCUUCGGCUCGGCUUAACUUCCCGGAGCUUUUAGCCGGCGUUACGGUGGCGGGAGGCGGCGGAGAAAACGGUGGUGGAGAUAUGGUUGAAAUCCUCAAGUCUUUGGAAUCUUCAGUUAAUGAGGAUAAGAAACCAUUUAAAGCCAUUACUAUGUCGUUUGAGUAA